UAUCGUGAUUUAUUUCCAAGUACAUUUGUAUUGAUAACAAGUGUAGCCCCAUGCAAUUACCAGCUCUGAAGCAGGACGAUUUGUUUUCUCAAGCACAGAGCCACAUAUAUAAUAAACCUGCAAACCAGGCAGGAAGAGAGAAUAAAGAAGGGCCCGUGAUUGAUAAUUAUAAUCGGUUUUAUUGGUACCGUCUCUCACUGCUAAGCGUAGGAACGCGUGCCAUCUCCCGACGGCUAUCAUCAGGACAUCAAUGUCUUCUCUGGAAGCGUGUCCUCCUUCAAUUCUUCAAAGACAGCAGCGAACUACCAACAGUGUGGUGAUCGGUAUCAAUUUUGUUUGGUCUCGGAAGAAAGCUUUCCUUCUACUAAUUAUGAACAGCCAUCUCUCGUUAACAAUAGAAGGGCGUGCAAGAGCCUCUAAUUUCCUCUGGCGUAUUUGUCAAGUGGUCGGUCUUUAUAAACAACCCCUUCGCGAGCUCAUCAGACUCGAGAGAGACGGUGAGUGCCUGAUCGGAGAAGCAGGAAUAGAGAGAGAGAGAGAGAGAGUUUCAUCUGCCCAGAAUCUGUUCGAGGUGAAGUAUUAUUAUUCAUAAGGAUCGCUUCAAGCCGAUGGGGGAAGGCGAAGAUAUAUACACGAAAGAUGGAACGACUGAUCUCCAUGGGAACCCUGCGAUCAAGAAGGACACUGGAAAUUGGAGGGCUUGUCCCUACAUUCUUGCAAACGAAUGCUGCGAGAGGCUGGCAUACUAUGGCAUGAGCACCAACCUGGUGAACUACAUGAAGGAUCGUCUCCACCAAGGGAAUGCUACUGCAGCAAACAAUGUCACCGACUGGUCCGGCACAUGCUAUGUCAUGCCACUCCUUGGGGCGUUUAUAGCUGAUGCCUACGCUGGACGAUACUGGACGAUUGCCAGCUUCAUGAUCAUCUACAUCUUGGGUCUGACACUACUGACGUUGACUGCAUCAGUCAAAGGCCUGGAACCUACUUGUCACAGUGGCGUCUGUGAUCCAACGAGAGCACAAACUGCGGUGGUCUUCACAUCCCUUUAUCUUAUUGCACUGGCGACAGGAGGAAUCAAGCCAUGCGUCUCCUCCUUCGGCGCUGACCAAUUCGAUGAAACGGACGAGUCGGAGAAGAAGAGGAAGAGCUCCUUCUUCAACUGGUUCUACUUCUCCAUCAACAUAGGCUCGCUGGUGGCUGCUUCUGUGCUGGUAUGGAUACAGACGAACGUGGGGUGGGGGUGGGGGUUUGGGAUCCCGGCCGUCGCGAUGGCUGUUGCGGUCGUGAGCUUUUUCUUGGGCACACCAUUGUACAGGCACCAGAAGCCAGGAGGAAGCCCUCUUACACGUAUUGCCCAGGUUAUGGUGGCAUCCUUGAGGAAAUCUGGAGUGAAGCUACCCGCAAAUAAGUCACUGCUGUAUGAAAUCACACGGGAAGACUCUGCCAUACGAGGUAGCCGCAAAAUGGAUCACACGGACCAAUUGAAGUUCCUGGACAAGGCUGCAGUGCAGACUCAAGAGGACAAGAUCAACGGCGCGGUGAACCCAUGGAGGCUGUGCACGGUCACCCAAGUCGAGGAGCUGAAGAGCAUCGUGCGCCUCCUCCCCAUCUGGGCGAGCGGCAUCGUCUUCUCCACCGUCUACAGCCAGAUGGGCACCAUGUUCGUGCUGCAAGGCAACACCCUGGAUCGCCACAUGGGCCCCCGCUUCGAGAUCCCGUCAGCCUCGCUCUCCAUCUUCGACACCAUCAGCGUCAUCGUCUGGGUUCCCAUCUACGACCGCGUCGUCGUUCCGGUGGCCCGAAGGUUUACGGGCCGGGAGCGGGGCUUCACCCACCUGACGCGCAUGGGCGUCGGCCUGGUGAUCUCCAUCUUCGCCAUGUCGUCCGCUGGCGUUCUCGAGGUCGCGAGGCUCCGGGUGGUGGCGCGGCACAAGCGGUACGAUGGUGGCUAUGUUCCCAUGUCCGUGUUCUGGCAGGUGCCUCAGUACGUCAUCGUGGGGGCAGCCGAGGUCUUCACCUUCAUCGGACAGCUGGAGUUCUUCUACGACCAGGCGCCUGACGCGAUGAGGAGCAUGUGUUCCGCCCUGUCGCUCACCACGGCGGCGCUCGGAAACUACUUGAGCAGCUUGCUUGUUACCAUCGUCUCACGCAUCACCACGAAGAACGGGAAGCCCGGAUGGAUUUCGGACGACCUCGACCGCGGCCACCUCGACUAUUUCUUCGGGCUCCUGGCCGUCCUCAGCCUCGUGAACUUUGGCGUGUAUCUUGUGAUGGCGAAAUGGUAUACCUACAAGAAGGCAAUAGAUAAUGAGACGAAGGCAGAAGCACGUAAUGACAUGUGAUGUCGAUGGCACCUAUUGUCAAUCAAUGCUUUUUUUUUUGGCUCCAUGGAGCAAAUAUGUUUUUAGUUACAUAACGAAAUCUUGAUAUGCUUUCGACU